GAACGAAACCCUCUUCUGUUUCGCAAAGCCCAAACUCUAACCUUGUGAAAACCUCCCCAGUCUCCUUCUUUUCCCCCUUUUUUUUCUCCCUCCUCUCUCUCUCUCUCUCUCUCUCUCUCUCUUCUCUUCUCUUCAAUCUCUAAAUCCUUUCCCCAAAUUCAAUUUUGCCUAAUCUUUGUUUUUGGGAGAUUUAAGGGUUUUGUAUCUUUAUCCCUCUGUUUAUCGAUAAGAUCUGCUGCUCAAAUCUUAUCUAAGUCAUGGCUACUGUUGCUCCUUCUGCUGAGAAAACUGCAGAUUUGCUCCAGAAUUUAUAACUGGAUUCUCAAACAAAGCCCUUGGAAAUUCCUGAGCCAACUAAGAAGUAGAAUCAUUUCAGAAGUGGAUAUAACCAUAAAGAAGGAAACAAGAAAGAUGGUGGAUCGAUAUUGGAUUGGUUUCUCUCUGGUGCUUUCAUGUCUUGUUCAAGUUUUAGAUGCCAGUGCCGGUGAUGCCGAUUCAGUCUACAGGGCUUGUGUUGGACAAUGUGAAAAAUCUGGAUGUGUGGGUCAAAGAUGCUUUUCGCACUGCAAGUUUUCUUCAGAUGGCGUCUCAAUUGAUGGUCCAUGGUAUAUGCAAGAACCUCUUUACUUACGAUGGAAGCAAUGGGAUUGCGAAAGUGACUGUCGCUACCACUGUAUGCUCGAUAGAGAAAAGGAAAGAGAAGCACUUGGCCAUGGUCCUGUCAAGUAUCAUGGUAAAUGGCCCUUCAACCGUGUAUACGGAAUUCAGUUUUCUGGACUGCGCAUCUUGACUGGUUAUUAUGUACAGGAGCCUGUCUCUGUAGCUUUCUCUGCACUGAACCUUGCUAUACAUUUCCACGGCUGGCUUUCAUUUUUCAUUCUUCUUAAUUAUAAGUUGCCACUUAAACAAGAUAAGAAGGUGUACUAUGAAUAUGCGACUCUGUGGCAUAUCUAUGGGCUCUUAUCAAUGAACUCCUGGUUCUGGAGUUCAGUUUUCCACAGCCGAGAUGUGGACUUGACAGAGAGGCUGGACUACUCUUCUGCAGUUGCAUUAUUGGGUUACUCGCUCAUUUUGGCUAUACUAAGAACUUUAAAUAUAAGAAUUGAAGCAAAAAGGGUCAUGGUUUCUGCUCCACUUAUUGCGUUCGUAAUUACUCAUAUAUCAUUCCUCAAUUUCUAUAAGAUGGAUUACGGAUGGAACAUGAAAGUAUGUGUCGUCAUGGGAGUGGCUCAGCUUCUUAUAUGGGCAAUUUGGGCUGGUGUCAGCCGUCAUCCUUCUCGGUGGAAGUUGUGGAUGGUGGUCGUAGGAGGUGGGCUUGCAAUGCUUUUAGAAAUCUAUGAUUUCCCUCCAUAUAAAGGAUUUAUAGAUGCCCAUGCUCUUUGGCAUGCCACCACUAUCCCUCUUACCUACAUCUGGUGGAGUUUCAUCAGAGAUGAUGCUGAGUUCCGUACCUCUAGCCUCCUUAAAAGGCCAAGUAGUAGUUCAUGGCGAAACUGAUAAAUAUGACCUGACAAGGAAGGAAAAAAACCACCGAUAGUUUAUAGGAUUUUGUAUUCGUUGUUUUCUUGUAAUAAUAUUUGAUUUUCUUAUUAAAAAAGAGGUACUAAAGGGAUAGGAAUUGCUUAGUAUGAUAUUAAAUUUGGAGUGAGAUUUUGAUUUUAAGUGUUUGUGAUGGAAUGAGAUUAUGUUUUUGUGCAGUGGAAUGUAGGCAAAAGCUAAGUGAGGCAUAUCCUUUAUGAGUAUUCUUCAGAGAGGAAUAAUGGCUUUGUGCAGGCUAGUCAACUGCUUUAGAGAUUUUCUUUUUCUUUUUUAAGUAUGAAUAAAGAUUUCCCUUUUUUGACA